AUGACCAAAGACGCUGCCAGAAAACGGGCAGCUGCCGUGGCUGCCGGCGUGGCAGCCGUGCCCCUCGCGCACGAGCUGUUGGCUUUCACUUCCUCAAACCUGGCACCACGAGCCCGGUCACAGCCACAGCCCACACAGCAUGGCUCUGUGCCCACGUCCAAGAGCACCAGCCGAGGGCUCUCAAGCACGGCAGGAGCUGCGACACUCACCGGUUUGGCGGCAAUGAUGGGCCAUGGUGCGAAGAAGCGGGGUGGGAGUGGAACCACAAAAAGUAUCAAUGGCUUGACAGUGUGCUUGGGCCAGCCAUCAGCUGUUCUGGAGAAGUCCACCGAGGCAGGCGACCCCGAGAAGGUUUUGGAGCAGUACAUCAAGGACCUGGGCGGGAAGCGGGUCUUGCGAAAGUGGCUCAUUGCAAACAAUGGGAUGGCCGCCACAAAAGCCAUCCUUUCAUUGCGUCAGUGGGCUUACUUGGAGCUUGGCUUGGACAAUGCCUUCGAGUUUGUUGUCAUGGCCACUCCAGAGGAUCUGGAGGCGAAUGCCGAGUUCAUUCGCUUGGCAAAUACCUAUAUCGAAGUUCCCGGGGGAAAGAACGUCAACAACUAUGCCAAUGUGGAUUUGAUCGUCGAGAUCGCCAAGUCGCAGGGGGUAGAUGCCGUUUGGCCUGGCUGGGGUCAUGCGUCUGAGAAUCCCGAAUUGCCGAUGCAGCUGAAGGAGCUGGGAAUCACCUUUGUCGGGCCCACCUCGCCUGUCAUGUCCGUGCUCGGGGACAAAAUCGCAGCCAAUAUUCUAGCGCAGACGGCCGGUGUCCCAUCGAUUCCUUGGAGUGGUGACGGCUUGCAAGCCGACCUUGGCCCGGAUGGCACCAUUCCCAAGGAGAUCUUCGACCAAGGAACCGUCUCCACAGUUGAGCAGGCAAAGGAAGCAGUGAAGCACAUCGGCUUCCCGGUGAUGAUCAAGGCUUCGGAGGGAGGAGGGGGCAAAGGCAUCCGAAUGGUGCAGGAAGAGAAGGACCUCGAGAGCAGCUUCUUCCAGGUUCAAAACGAGGUGCCCGGAUCUCCCAUUUUUAUGAUGCAGCUUUGUCAGGGAGCUCGUCACAUUGAGGUUCAGAUUAUGGGAGACGAGUACGGGAAUGCAGUUGCCCUUAGCGGCCGCGACUGCUCUACCCAGAGGCGCUUCCAGAAGAUCUUCGAGGAAGGACCACCGGUCGUCGUGCCCAGAGAAACCUUCCUCGAGAUGGAGAGGGCAGCCCAGCGUCUCACGCAGAAUAUUGGGUACAUUGGUGCUGGAACCGUGGAAUACCUUUACAACACCAAAGAGAACAAGUUCUACUUUCUCGAAUUGAAUCCGCGCCUUCAAGUCGAACAUCCAGUGACAGAGGAGCUGACACGUGUCAACUUGCCAGCCACGCAGAUGCUUGUGUGCAGCGGCGUUCCCUUGGAAAAGGUUCCCCAAAUCCGACGCUUCUACGGCAAGAGCGACACGGACAAAACAUCUCCGAUCAGCUUCUUGGAAGACUUGUAUGUCUACCCGGACCGGCAUGUCAUCGCCUCUCGAAUUACCGCGGAAAAUCCCGAUGAUGGCUUCAAGCCCACAAGUGGCAGAAUCGAGCGAAUCAAAUUCCAAAGUUCGGUUUCAUGCUGGGGUUACUUCAGCAUCGGUGCGAAAGGCGGAAUUCACGAAUACGCUGAUUCGCAGUUUGGACACAUUUUCGCGCACGGCGCAAACCGUGAAGAGGCGCGCAAGGCUCUGAUGCUGUCCUUGAAGAACAUUGAGGUCGUCGGCGAGAUCCGCAAUCCCGUAGAGUACCUUGUCGAGCUUCUUCAGCAGGAGGCCUUCGUUGACAACAGCAUCGACACCUCCUGGCUGGAUGGCCUGAUCAAAGAGAAGUCGGUCACUUUGAGAUAUAACAUCAACGACGUGGUGUUCUAUGCUGCCGUCUUUCGGGCUGUCCAGAAUUUGAAGGCCUUUGAUGAGGAAGUGGAGGCCGCAUUGGCAAAGAGCCAGCUUGGACCUCUUCGGGACAUGUCCAAGAUGAACACCUUCCCUGUUGAAAUUACCUUUGAGGGUGUUAAAUACCAGUUUUCAGUCUCUCGCUUGGGACCGUCGCUCCUCGAACUGAGCAUUCAAAACCAGAAGUUCACGGCACAAGUCAUGGCACAGCCUGACGGCACUUUCCUGGUUUCAGUGGGCAAGACGGUGAUGCGCGUGAUGGGCUCUGAUGAAGCUCUUGGCCUCCGACUUCGGUUGGAUGGCAUUGGUACGAUCAUGCUUCCUACCGUGUACGAUCCUUCCGAGCUCCGCUCGGAGUUCAACGGAAAGAUCGUGAGAUACCUGCAAGAUGAUGGCGGACAGGUGAAGGAGGGAGAGCCUUACGUGGAACUUGAGGCCAUGAAAAUGAUCAUGCCCAUCAAGGCCACCGCCACUGGCAAGGUAAGUCAUGUCCGGGGAGCUGGCAGCAUUGUUUCCGCAGGCGAACUGCUGGGCAAUCUCCAGCUUGAUGAUCCUUCAAAGGUGAAGAAAAUUGUUCCCUUCGACGGUACUUUCGCGAUUUCGGCGGAUGGGACUGCGAAGGACCGCAGCUUGCAAGGGCAGUUGGAGAUGGUGCUGGAUGGUUUCACUUCGCAAGAAGAGCCGGCACUCAUGGCCCAGAAGAUGUUCUCCCAGCUCCCCGAGGCUGAAUGCGACGAUGUAGCGUCGGCUCUGGUGGAACGCUACUUGGCCGUGGAGGAAAAGUUCUCGCCGCUCAUCAAGGAGAAGUUGACCAACGACCAGAUCUAUGCGGAACUUAUCGCGCAGAACAAGGAGAACUUGCCUGCGGUUGCCUCACUGGCUCUUGCCCAUGGCCAGCUCAGUACGCGCAGUGCAGUGGUGCUGGCAGCACUGCGCAGCUUGCGCAAACUCAACCCUUCAGCGAACCUGAUGCAGAAGAUCGGGCGCUUGGCGGAGCUUGACAACACAGGUGGCUAUGGCGAGGUGGUCCUGGUGGCGGAGACGACGAUGGCGCUGUUGAGCUCCGAGCCAUUUGAGGACAGAAGUGCGUCUUUGCGGGCUUUGCUGGACACCGACGGCCCUGACCUGAAGCCCAUCUCUGGAAUGGCCGCUAGCAAGGCUGGGGCGGAACUUCUCUCCAACCUGCUCCUGGACGAAUCCGCAAGGGUUCGCAAGAAUGCUCUUGAUGCAUUGAUAAGACGUUUGUACCGAUCCUUCAUCAUCAAGGACGUCAACAUCACGGAUCAGGGGGCUGGAGACAUGCGUUGCAACUUCAAAUUCCAGUUCCCGGGCACGGCGGAUGCGGAUGCUUUCCGCGAGGCUCACAUCAAGGUGGUCACCGACUUCGCCGCUGCAAAGGAGGCUCUGAAAGAGGACAUCUGCAUGGAGAAUGUCGAUGGCAACAUGAACACCAUGAAGGUAAUCGUGACUUCCCCUGGUGAUACCGCUUUUGACGAGAUGAGCUUGGAAAUGGAGGGCCUCCUGAAGUCGAACGCGAAUUUGCAAUCCGCCGGCAUCCGAGAGGUCGGCUUGGUGGUGUCCAACGUGCCGCAUGCCUUGCGCUAUGCAUCCUUUAUGGGCAACGAUGGCUUUAAGGAAAACUUGGCCACCCGUGACAUGAAGCCAUCCUUGCCGAAUGUACUGGAAGUCUACCGCCUCGCCGAAGAUUACAAGUUGGAGAAGGUGAUGCCUCCUGUGGGCCGCAACUCGCAGGUGUACAUUGGCACACCCGUUGAUGCCGUGCCUUCAAGGACGAAUCCGUCCACAAUCUUUGCACGCAUGAUCAAGCACUCGAUGAGGGAUUUUCCCGAGAAUGAGAAAGCAUGGACGGAUUCGUUGGAGAACCUCCUGCUCAAUGCCGUGGAUGAAGUGGAGCGCGCCCGGCUGAAUCCCAAGAUCGGAUAUGGUCCCAACAGCAAUAUCUUCGCUCACAUCGUGGCUAAUGUCGACGUCGAGCCCUCGGAUGCCUAUGCCAAGCUGGAGGGGUUCCUCAACCUCUUCGUUGCCAGGCACCAGAGCCGGCUGGGCAAGAUGAAGGUCGACGAGAUCGUGGUGAAGAUUGGCAUCGGAAGUGGGAUGGAACGCACGAAGACGCUUCGGCUCACUGCAAGCUCGCUUACAGGAGAGUACUUGCGCACCAGCGGCGCGCUUGAGACCUACGACGCCAUCACAGGCUCUCCGAAGGAAUGGUUCGAUAUUAAGAGCGGUGAGAAGACGCAGCUGGCUUCCGCAAAAGCGAAGAGCCGCUUGCAGCUGCGGAGGUCGCUCGCCAGAAAUGCCGGGUCGACCUAUGCACCGGACUUCCUCGGCAUGUUGAAGAUCGAGCUGAUCAAGAAAUGGAACAUGUACCAGGAGUCUGGAGGCUCCAGGAAGAUGCCAAGUGCCAUCUUCAAAAGCACCGAGUUGGUGCUCAGCGAGGAUGGGGAGUUGAAAGAGGUGGACAGGGAGCCCGGUCAGCACAACAUUGGCAUGCUUGCGUGGUGCUGCACGCUGCAAAGCCCGGAGUAUCCCGAAGGCCGUGAGAUCGUGCUCAUCGCUAACGAUGUUACGCACAAGGCUGGCUCCUUUGGUGUGGACGAGGAUGAUCUUUUCCAAAAGGCUUCCGAAUAUGCCCGCCAGCGAGGUCUUCCCCGCAUCCACAUCGCAUGCAAUAGUGGAGCGCGUGUUGGCCUGGCAGAGGAGCUUAAGCCUUUCGUGAAGGCCAAAUGGACCGAUGAUGAUCCUUCCAAAGGGUUUGACUACUUGUAUCUUGAAGAGAAGGAUGCUACAAGCUUGCCGGAGGGGGCCGUAGAGACGCACACUGUCACUGUGGCGGGCCAGAAGCAGUACGUCAUCGACUCCAUCAUCGGUGAGGGCUUGAAGUCAACACAGGGAGGUAUCGGAGUCGAAAACCUGAGAGGUAGCGGGCUCAUUGCAGGAGAGACGUCCAAGGCCUACAACGAGGUCUUUACACUGUCCUAUGUCACGGGCCGCUCAGUUGGUAUCGGUGCCUACCUAAACAGGCUAGGGCAGCGAGUUAUCCAGAUGGUCAAUGGGCCAAUGAUUCUCACAGGAUUCUCUGCUCUGAACAAGCUCCUGGGCAAGAACGUUUACACCUCGCAAGAUCAGCUCGGUGGACCUCAAGUCAUGGUCCCCAAUGGUGUGACGCACCAGGUCGUGUCGGAUGACACAGAAGGGGUCGCCGCAAUCCUUGACUGGUUGUCCUUUGUGCCCAAAGUGGCCUCGGCCAACCCGCCGCUCCUGGACCCUGUGGAUCCGGUCUCGCGCGAUGUCACCUUUGUUCCCUCCAAGACGCCCUACGACCCACGACACAUGCUGGAAGGUGUAACUACACCAGAGGGCAGCAAGCUCACAGGAUUCUUCGAUGCGGGCACGUUUAGGGAGUACUUGGCUGGCUGGGGGCGAAGCGUCAUCGUGGGCAGGGGCAAGCUCGGCGGCAUUCCCAUGGGCGUCAUUGCAGUGGAGACACGCAACGUGGACCGCCGGAUCCCGGCGGAUCCCGCUAACCCCGCCAGCCAAGAAGUUGUCGAGCCACAGGCGGGUCAAGUAUGGUUUCCAGACAGUGCUUUCAAGACAGCAACAGCUAUCCGCGACUUCAACCGCGGGGAGAACCUUCCCUUGAUCAUCUUUGCGAAUUGGCGUGGCUUCUCCGGUGGCACCCGCGAUAUGUAUCAGGAAGUAUUAAAGUUUGGGGCGCAGAUCGUGGAUGCGCUCGUUGAGUACAAGAGCCCGGUUUUUGUGUACAUUCCUCCAGGGGGAGAGCUGCGUGGCGGAUCGUGGGUCGUCAUCGACCCGACCAUCAAUCCGGAGCAGAUGGAGAUGUAUGCCGAUGUUGAUUCUCGAGGCGGCAUUCUUGAGCCACCUGGAAUCGUGGAGGUGAAAUUCCGCGCAGCGCAGCAGAAGGAGCUGAUGCAUCGACUAGAUCCCGAGCUUCGGAAGUAUGAUGCAUUACUUGAGGAGUCUUCAUCCUCGGAGGUCGGCAGUGCAGCACAAGACAUCGAGGCGCAGAUCAAAGCCCGCGAGGACAAGCUUCAGCCCCUCUACACUCAGAUCGCUUGCGAGUUUGCCGACCUGCACGAUCGCACCGGGCGCAUGGAAGCCAAAGGUGUGAUUCGCAAGGGACUGGAAUGGCGGCGUUCCCGGGAGUUCUUCUACUGGAGGGUCAGAUGCCGGUUGCUGCUGAAGGAAGUGGAGCACCGAAUCCGCGAAGCCGAUGCAGACCUGUCCUCCAAGGAGGCUCAGGAGCUUAUGUCCUCGUGGCUUUCCGAGGCUGGCGCGGACCAGGAGGAUGAGAAAGCCGUAAGCUUCUUGGAGGGCGAUCCCUUCGCUGGCAAAGUCGAAGAGCUGAGAGUGGCCGCCACCAAGCGACAGAUCCAGGCUCUUCUUGAAAAGCUUCCGGAGAGCGAGCGGAGCUCUCUGUUGUGA